UUCAUCCCUUGUUGGCAAACCCAAAGAUGUUGAAGCAGACGUUCUUCCUCGUCGCCGCAGUGGCACUAGCAUCUGCACAGAGUCAGUUAGACCGAAAUGACAUUUAUGAUCCAUUAAACUUAAGAGAUCAAACGAGUCAGACGUCCUUUACUGAUUCCUUGGACUUGAACAAUCUCCGCGGCUUAGGAAGCAAUCUAGGACUUUCCAGACAGUUUGACCAAAAUGGGCUGUCAACAUUGAAUUCUCUCGAUUUAGGCAAUGGACUGAUGAGCGGUUCAGGCUCUGAAACAUUCGACCUCGGACGUAUGGACCGACAAGGAAUGACGUCCAGUAUGUUUGAUACACUUCGAGGCGAUUCAAGGAUGUCAAAUCGAGGUUCCGAUUUCGAUUUGAACCGAAUGGGUGAUACGACCAAUGGACUUUUGAGAGGUAACAGAUUUUUAGAUUCCUCCCUGAGAUCAACUGGUUUAACUGAUGGUAACAAUGGUGGGUUUAUGCUAGACUUUAACCGAGGAUUGCCAACGACUUUGGACAAUAACCUUAUGGACCAAAAUUUGUUGUCUUCACAGAGAGAUAACAUGGAUUUCUCUGGAUCUGAUUCCCAAAGCUCGUCUUUUUUGGACUCACUGAGAAGACCACCUUAUUUCUCAAGAGGGAUGGGAUCAUAUAACCUCAACAGGAGGUUUCAAAAUGGGGAGGGCAGAUUGUUCAAUGAUCUGACAGGUUUCCCACGUCGCAGCUCAGAAGGAGACAGCAUGUCAAACAACUUCAUGGAUAGCUUUGACUCUACAAACUCAUUCCCCGGAAGAGGUAUGUCAAUGGGAAGAUCAAUGUCUAGAAUGCGUGACAUGGGUAUGAUGAGGUCAUUGGGUAGGAGUCGAGGUCAAGGACGACGACUUGGUAGAAUGAUGGGCAGACGCCUCGGAAGAAGAUUCCGGAGCUAUUUACCUGGAUUCGAUUCUACUAACACCGGAUCGUCGAGAACUAUGUCGCUUAUGCCACGCAGCAAUAGGAUGGACGAUACAUUCACAUCAAGAACCGGAAGAACCUCAAGUUUGUUUUAAUUGAACAAAAGAUAAUGUAAAUAAAGGUAUAUAGAUUCUUGCA